AUGCACCCCAGCCGCUGCGUGGGCGGCGUGGCCCGGCUCUACACCCAGGUGCAGCGGCUGCGCAGAGCCGAGCCCCACGUGCUGCUGCUCGACGCCGGCGACCAGUACCAGGGCACCAUCUGGUUCACCGUGUACAAGGGAGCGGAGGUGGCGCACUUCAUGAACGCCCUGGGCUACGAUGCCAUGGCAGCCAGUGAAGAUGAGCACUCUCAAUACCCAGAUGGGACCCCUGUCUAUGCAGAGCUCAGUGAUACCCUCAUGCUGACCUUAGCCAGUGAGCAGAACGGCGUUGUCAGCCCGCGUGUUAAGGUUGGCAUACAAGAACUGGUUGCUGACAGUUGGCCAAAUUUAGUAUUUGAAGAUGAAAUCCCUGCAUUGCAAAUGCAAGUAGAUAAGCUCACGACCCUCAAUGUGAACAAAAUUAUUGCCCUGGGACACUCUGGUUUUGAAAUGGAUAAACUCAUCGCUCAGAAAGUGAGGGGCGUGGACGUCGUGGUGGGAGGACACACCAACACGUUCCUUUACACAGGCACCCCACCUUCCAAAGAGGUGCCGGCUGGGAACUACCCAUUCAUCGUCACCUCUGACGACGGACGGAAGGUUCCUGUGGUCCAGGCCUAUGCUUUUGGCAAAUACUUAGGCUAUUUGAAGGUUGAGUUUGAUGCAAAAGGAAAUGUCAUCACGUCCCAUGGAAAUCCCAUUCUUCUCAACAGCAGCAUUCCUGAAGAUCCGACCAUAAAAGCAGACAUUAACAGAUGGCGGAUCAAACUAGACAAUUAUUCCUCCCAGGAGCUGGGGAAAACCAUCGUCUACCUGAACGGCUCCAGUCAGUCGUGCCGCUUUCAGGAGUGCAACAUGGGCAACCUGAUCUGUGAUGCCAUGAUUAACAACAACCUCAGACACUUGGAUGAAAUGUCCUGGAACCACGUGUCCAUGUGCAUUUUAAACGGCGGUGGCAUCCGGUCUCCCAUUGACGAGCGGAACAACGGCACGAUCACGUGGGAGAACCUGGCGGCCGUCUUACCCUUCGGAGGCACCUUUGACCUGGUCCAAGUAAAGGGCUCCACCCUGAAGAAGGCCUUCGAGCACAGCGUGCACCGCUACGGCCAGUCCACCGGCGAGUUCCUGCAGGUGGGCGGAAUCCACGUGGUGUAUGAUCUUUCCCGAAAACCUGGGGACAGAGUGGUCAAACUAGAUGUUCUCUGCACCCGGUGCCGAGUGCCCCAUUACGAGCCUCUCAGAACGGAUGAGGUGUAUAAGGUGGUCCUCCCGAGCUUCCUUGCUAACGGUGGAGAUGGAUUCCAGAUGUUAAGAGAAGAGGUACUAGAACAUAACUCAGGUGACCAAGAUAUCAACGUGGUUUCUCAAUACAUCUCAAAAAUGAAAGUCAUUUAUCCAGCAGUUGAAGGUCGGAUCACGUUUUCUGCAGGAAGCCAUUACCAUGGAAACUUUUAUCUAAUAUUCCUCUCAAUUUUGGCAGCUAUCCUUGUUUUAUACCAAUAG